GCCAACAUGAACGUGGGAACGGCGCACAGCGAGGUGAAUCCCAACACCCGGGUCAUGAACAGCCGGGGCAUCUGGUUGUCCUACAUCCUUGGAAUUGGGCUGCUGCACGUCGUGCUCCUGAGCAUCCCCUUCUUCAGCGUCCCUGUGGUUUGGACUCUUACCAACAUCAUUCACAACAUGAGCAUGUACAUCUUCCUACAUACCGUGAAAGGAACUCCUUUUGAGACUCCGGACCAGGGCAAGGCUCGGCUGCUCACGCACUGGGAGCAGAUGGACUAUGGAGUGCAGUUCACGGCAUCACGGAAGUUCCUCACCAUCAUGCCCAUCGUCCUGUAUUUUCUAACCAGCUUUUACACAAAGUACGACCGCAUCCACUUCGUCAUCAACACCAUCUCCCUCAUGAGCGUCCUGAUCCCCAAACUGCCGCAGUUCCACGGAGUCCGGAUCUUUGGGAUCAACAAGUACUGAGCUGUGUGGCCAGAGCGAAUGCAAGAGGAGCAGGGGGAGAGGGGGAUGUUCCUUCUCUCUAGUCCCAUUUCUCCUUCCCCACGCAGACUGGGAUGUAAUUUCACAGCGGCUGUUUAACUGCAGUAUCCGAUAGACAUACACCGCAUGCUGGAUCCUCACGCCCAAUAAACCUAAGCCAGCUCCAGAGUA